CGAUUGUCCUUUGUGUGGAUCGUCUGGUUUAACGGACUGGGCUUCUCGUUCCUCGGGACGCCACCGCGACGUGUCGUGCCGGGGCACAGGAAACCAGCGCGGAGAGUAGUAGUCUCGUCGUUGUCUCGUCGCGCGUUCGAGAGGCACCGAUCGCUCCUAACGUCGUCGGUGUUAUACCUGCGCCCGUCCCUCUCACGAAGUGCCGGCCCCCCGAAGGUCUUGUUCGAAGGUCUCUCUCGGCCUCGUGCCUGCCGAAGACAGACGUGGAAUGAUAGUUCGUCGGAACGGAGGUGUGCAGAGCCCUGGCUCGUUAGGCGCGACGUGACACGCGAGACACCGGAUCCGCUGUCUCCGAUACGUUUCGGAAAACAGCGGCGAAGAGGCGUCGUUCGAAUCGGCGAUCCUCUGGUGAAGUUCAUACGGAAAGUUCGUACGACAAUUCUAUAUACAUAUAUAUAUAUAUCUAUAUGUGUGUAUAUAUACAUGUAUACAUAUAUGUAUAUGUAUACACGCAUACGUACGUAAGAGUACACGAUCCUGUCAUUCAUCGCGUGGCAAAAAGUGCGGAAACAAGAAGGUACGGGCCGAAUCCUUGAGAUUCGAGAUUGUGACACGGUUGUGCUUCGGUGAAUAAAGAAGUCGCCCGAUCGUAAACCGAUACGGGUGAGAGAUCGGCGUACAACAAGAGUCUCGCGUUGGUGCCUCGAUUCUUGCGCGCGACACGUACGACGUUACGCAUGUUCUAUGUAUUGUGUUUAUCUCGUUAACCGAGUACGAUCUGAAAAGUGCAAGCAAGAUAAGCCGUAGGCGUAAACGCACGAGGAGAGGCCGACUACGUUUUUAGGGUCCAGUUCGUGAAUAAAAGGAUGACCGAUGUUCCCAUCUUCGGCUAGCCGUGAAAAUUAUGCGAUCUACCUUCACGGUGUGAUGGAGCCUCGUGGAGCCGGCUUUUACUAUGAGUUGAGGCCUCGUAAUUAAUCGGGACUGGCAUGGAGAAGGAGAACUCCGCAUCGGGCGGAGGCGGCGGAGGUGGCGGAGGUGAAGCGGCGGCCACGGCGACUCCGGGCGCCACCUCCGCCUCCGAGAAACUCCAGGCGGACCAGGCCAAUCCGUUGCUCGAUCCGACGGCCCUCUUCGGCGCGUAUUGGCCGCGGGGCGACAGCGCAGCUUCGUCGCUUUUCGGCGGGAUGCCCGGUGGAUAUGGGCUGGGGGCCCAUCAUUUGCCGUCGGCUUACGCCAUCCUGAGCCGAGGCGGAUCCGCGCCCGGUUUCGGGGGCCACACGCCGGCCUCCGCGCCGCCGCCAUCCCCAUACUCUCACAGCAGCCUUGGCACUCUGAGCGUGGCCGCCAGUCAAGCUGCUAGUUUAGGUAUCAAUCCUGCAAGCGCAGCAUGGUGGACGAUGGCCUCACACCUGGCGGCACACGACUACCUCGCGAGGUUACAAGGAGCGGCAGGACUCCCCGGAUUCCCGCCCGGAGCCGAGAGCCUCCUGCCACCCUAUCCUGCCUCUCUACUUAAUCCCCCGUCCCUUUCGUCACACAAGUCCAGUAAGUCUAAGUCAAGCAAGAGUCACAAGACACCGGCGAACAGCAGCAGCAGCAGUAGCAGCAGCAGCGGCAGCGGCUCGACGGCGCCGAACAUGACGACCAGCAGCCUGCCAGUCUCGACACAGGCGCCGGUCACGUCCUCUCAUCAUAAUACCUCGGCCAGCACCACGCCAAAUUCGCAAACGAACGUCGUCAGCUCGGCGAAAGAGGGCAGCGAUCCUAGCAGUAUAUUGGGGGGUGUACGGCUGCCUCCCGACACAGAGAUCAUCAAGUACACGUCGAGCAUAGUCGGUCCAAAGGUUCCUGGCACAACGAACCGCGGCAGGAAGAAGACUAUAUCCUUGGACACGCCGAGCGUGAGCGUGCACCCGCCGCCGGUGCCCGCUCUCACCGCUCACCAGACGAACACGACGACGACGUCGCUGAUGAUGGAGCCGAGAAAGUACAACCGUACAGGGAACGAGUCGAACGACUACAGAGAACCGGUGGACCGCGUGGAAGUGAUCAAGCUGCCGGCGCACUCGACGAACGGUUCCGUUCUUCCGGCGCCUACGUCGUACACGACGACCACGAACGCGAACAGUUCGAACGAUUCGGAUGCGCCGCUGAAUCUCUCGCUGAAGCCGGCCACGACGAGUAGUAGCUCGCCGAUAUCCGGCAGCCAGCCGCUCAGUCAGCUCAGCAAUCUGAGCCAGUCGUUGCUCGCCUCCGAUCGAACAUCGAGGCGAAAGCCGGGCCCGAAGCCGCGAAGGGUGCCCCAGAACUCGGUGCCGGUGCCCGCGUCGCCCAGCCCGUCGCUGGCGCAGCUGUUCGCAGCUGCGGACUCGCCGCAGCGGCCCAGCAGCGGCAGCGAGGAGAGCGAGAGCGCCAGCACGACUCACCACAAAGAUGGCCGGCCGAGGAACCUGGGCCGCGGCGUGUCCAAACCGAAGAAGAACACGGUCGCCUCGCUGCUGGCCCAAAGCAGGGCCUUGGGCAUCAAGCCCACGCCGACGUUGGACCCCAGCAUGCCGCUGCCACAUCAAGUCUCGUUGCUCAGAUCGAACAUCCUCGCUGCCCAGCUGCACGCCACUGCGACCGGACAAGGCAUCGACGACAAGAGUCAGCGGUCUUUGCAGGAGAAGAUGAAGAAUAAGCUGCUGGAGGUGUCCGGCGAAGAGAGCAACAUGGACGUGACCAGCGAGAGCGGUAGUAACACCGACGUUGUGACGGACACCGACGACGACAACACGGAUGGCGUCUCAAACGCGAAGAGAAGAAAGGUGAAGCCCAGCGAGAGGGACCUUCAGGUUCCUCUGGAACGUGGCUGGAAACGGGAGACAGUGAUCAAGGGAUUAGGGAAAUCGGGGGUGAUAAAGGGUGACGUGUCUUACUAUAGUCCUUGCGGAAAGACGUUCAGGAGCAGUCCGGACCUGGCUAAGUUCUUGGAGCAACAGAAUCCCGCAGAGUUGACAACGGCGAACUUCUCGUUCUCGUCCCGUCCGCUGGUGGGCGAGUUUCUGCAGCCGACGAUGGGCCUCGCGGAGGCGGAAUUCGUUAGGCUGGGCGCUCAAGAAGUGGCCAGGAGAUUGGAGGAGCUUAGAGCCGCCGGUGGCUUCAGAGAUGUGCGAACGAACAAUCAGUACGAAAGGGAGAAGCUCGCGUACGCGAAGAAACUGGCGAAGGAAGAGGCGCAGCGGCACAAGGAACAGGCUAGGCUGAUUAAGGAGCAAGAGAAAUCGGAACGUCAGGAGGCAGUCAGACGAGAGCGGGAAAUUCGAAAUCAGCAGCUGCUCGAGGUAAGUUAAACGCUCUCACACGAAUCGUGUCUUCCUUUUUCACGUUUUUUGUCUCGAUUCUCGUUGUUUCGUUCACAAGGA